GGCAUACACGGAUGGCAGUGGCUAUCCAUUUUGGAGGGUGUCAUCACUUUCUGAGUGGCAAUCGUAGCCAUUUUCUUGCUCCCACACAUGUCACUUACCACACGCUGGCUCACCGAAGAGCAGCGCCAACUAGCGCAUGGCCGGAUCCAGCGAGAUACGGUAGGCCUGGAGGCGAGCAAGAGCGCGCAAGCAGGCUUCCUGGAAGCUUUUAAAGACCUGCUGUUGUAUUUGAUGGCUUCUAUGCAGAACACGCAUCCGAGCGCGACAAAGUUUCAAUCAGUUCUUCCCUACAGUUGUCGGGUCCCUCGGCUUCAGCACUAUUAUCACUCUCGUCCUCAUAGCUCACCCAUCGCUUGUGACCGGCAUCGUUGGAAUCUCAAUUAGCAUCUCGUCCGGCAAGUUCAACGAACGAACUUGGCACUACUCUCAACUCGCUAUCACCUCCCUCCCUUCUACACCUCGGCCGAAUAUAAGACCCAUCUGACCCCCAAACAGGUGUCACGCGGUGAGCUCAGUAAUC